AUGGUGCUGCUGGCCUUCGCGUGCGUCGCUCAGGAGACGGUGCUGGGGAACCAGCAGGCACCAGGUAGCUGCCCCUACUGCGGAGGGACGGUGGUGGCGACGGUCGUGGAGAGCCGCCGUGGGCUCUGCUGUCUCCCCGUGUGCGUCAAGAUCAUGCGGAGGUACUUUUGCGCCGCCUGCUCCAGGCGCCUCGUCCUCUACCCAUGA